CCAACAUCAGGAGACUUGAAAGUGAUCCUCGGCGACCACUGUCACUGUUGCCACAGAUCUGUACAAGGGUACACUCCAGGUCGCCUGGGAACGGAGAAUAGUAUGGGAGAGAUUUGCCUUGGUAUCGUGUUUUCGACCAGGAUGCUCAUCUGCCCGAUCCUGCCUCUCGAGGAGCAAUAGAAGCCGGCGAACAUACACCACGUUCCAAAAAUCAUGCGCAAACUUGGAGCGCCUUCAUACCUGAUCGCGACUAAAGACCUUGUCCAGCGUUCAUCGGGCAGAUGGAGUCUUUCGCACACCGGUUUUGCCCACAACAAUAUGGAGACUCUCUCCACGUGCAGGAUCUCUACUAGGAUGAUCAGCCACUUGGUCAUUGAUCCGUCGCUGCCCUUCCUCGAUGCGAAUAUCAAACCCAGUCGCCUGGCGAAGGCGGACCUCGACCGAUUACUCCCCAGGAAGCGUCCAAUUUCAGGGGUCGUUGCCAUCCUUUGGGAUAAAUUGCAAUAUGGUGUUUCUGCGCUAGUGCCGCUGAGCGCCUCGUCUGCACGACGCUUUGCAAUGUGCUGGAAGACGAGGAAGACGAUCGGACUGUCGUAGGAACUACGUUUCCCUAGCGGACACUGUAUUGGGUUGACUGCCAUUUGCUAUUGCGAUGGGUGCAGUGCAGAGGAUGGUAUUUCACCACGGUCGAGGCGGUACACUUGGGCGAUUGCCGAAGCGUCUGCGCUCGCCUCCGCGCGCAGCCUCUGGAGAGGUAACAAAAUUGAGGAGGUAAGAUGGAUGAAUUCCCCUCGCGAAAAUCGACCACCAUCACAUCCCUUCCGCUCACCAAAAGAGGGGUGGAUGGCCUCGACUGCCGGCUAUUUCCACAUCGUUGCAAGCGCUUUUUGGAGACCAUGAAGUUGGUGGCGAGAAGGUGGGUGUUGCUCGACGAACUGCUGACGAUGGUAGUACUUGCUCUUUACGCUGCUUCACGAACGGUUGGCAUGUGCUGAAGUAAGUCAUCUUCAGAAAAGCUUUCGGCCACAUCUCGCCUUACAGUAUAUGCAGCCGCCUAGUUGACGUGUACGGGGUGCCGCUUGACAGGUUGGUCUUGGAGUCAGAAGGCAGGUAUGCUGAGAGAAACCGUUUCGUACGGUCACGUCAGGAUCAGAAGCCAGAGUGAUGGCUGAUCGGGACCUGCUUUUCGUGUACUCCCUUGCUUGCUGCCCACGAAUCACAGGACUAUCGAAUAGCCACGGCGGUUGCAUGCGGGGGUCAGCAUCGUUGCUGGACAAGGCACUCGGGGCGGGAUUCAUGAGACGGAUAUGUCAGACCUUAUUGUUACGGUCUAAAUGGAAAAGUGCGCGUACCGAACUGAUUGACGGGGAGGAGACAGAUUGAAAAGUCCAUAAAAUAGACCACGAACACAUACAAGCGGAGCACGAAGAUGACUUCCCAAGAAAAUUGAAUUCCUCGCCGACGGUAGGAAUCACCCGCUAGGCGGACGGACCCGAGCGACCUUUUACAUCGCAGUC